AUAACGCCGAACACAAUAAAUCUUUUCUCUUUUCGUUCCCCAUUGCGUCGAAUUCGAUAGCUUCCGACCUCCCAAUUCCUGUUGAGAUCUCCCAUCUCCCCCUUCUCCAGUCCGCAUCUUCGAAGAUGCCAACCCGUUGAUCCCUCCGUCGGGUUUUACCUCCUUUCUCCGUUCCCACCCCCAAAGACCGAAGCUGUUCUCGCGGCGAGAUUGGCGGGCGGAUGGCGGCGAUGGAUGGCGACGGGAUGGUCCCGUUGGCGGUGCUCCUCAGGCGGGAGAUGUCAUGGGAGAGGAUCGAGAAACCGGACAUCCUCUACGGGGAGGCGAGCGAGAGCAAGAAGGGGGAGGACUUCACCCUCGUGAAGACCGAGUGCCAGCGAGUUCCCGGGCAAGGCGACACCACCUUCUCAGUCUUUGCUCUUUUUGAUGGUCACAAUGGGGCUGCAGCUGCUACAUACUCCAAGGAGAAUCUCUUGAACAAUGUUUUAAGUGCAAUUCCAUCAGACCUUAGCAGGAAUGAGUGGAUUCAAGCAUUACCAAGAGCUUUGGUUGCAGGAUUUGUUAAAACUGAUAAAGAUUUUAAAAAAAUUGCAAGUGUUUCUGGAACAACUGUGACAUUUGUCAUAAUUGAUGGAUGGGUUGUGACUGUGGCAUCUGUUGGUGAUUCUCGUUGCAUACUAGAAUCUGCUGAAGGUUCAGUUUAUUUUUUGUCAGCCGAUCACCGUUUGGAAGCAAACGAGGAAGAGGUGGAACGUAUAACAGCUUGCGGUGGAGAAGUUGGAAGGAUGAAUGUUGUCGGUGGUGCAGAGUUUGGCCCCCUUAGGAGCUGGCCAGGUGGCUUAUGCCUAUCAAGAUCAAUUGGAGAUAUGGAUGUCGGCGAAUUUAUUGUUCCUAUUCCACAUGUGAAGCAAGUGAAGCUGUCAAAUGCUGGAGGACGGCUUGUCAUUUCAAGCGAUGGUGUAUGGGAUGCUUUGACUGCAGAAAAGGCUCUUAGUUGUUCUCGUGGGUUGCCGGCAGAAGCUGCAGCUAUCAGAAUUAUUAAGGAAGCUGUGCAGUUAAAGGGACUUCGAGAUGAUACUACAUGCAUUGUGGUUGACAUACUACCACCGGAGAAAAUAUCACCUUCCUUUCCAGCUUUUAAGAGACCAGGGAAAGGUGUAUUCAAGAAUAUGUUCCGCCGAAGAUCUUCUGAGUCAUCAUUAUUUUCAGAUAGAGACUAUUCUGAAGCAGACAUGGUAGAAGAAAUCUUUGAGGAUGGGUCUCCAAUCCUUGCCCAAAGGUUGGAUCCAGAAUAUCCAGCAUUUACCAUGUUCAAACCAUUCAACUGUGCCAUUUGCCAGUUGGAGAUGAAACCGGGUGAAGGCAUUUCUGUACAUGCUGCUGGUUCAUCAAAGCCUGGAACAAUCAAUCCUUGGGAUGGUCCCUUCCUCUGCUCAACUUGCCAAAUCAAGAAGGAAGCCAUGGAAGGAAGGCAUACGUAGAUUAUGCUUGUAAAAUAUCCAAAUAAUCACUGAGAAUGUUGGUGUUUGGAUGAUACUUCGAUGGCAAUCUCAGUGAUGAUUCAACAGCUAAUGAGAUCAGCAGCUGAAAGCCUCCUAACUUUAUCUUUGCAGCCAUGUCAACAAAAAUUGAGGUAAUUGGUAGUCUCUCUUCUCCAAGGCUGGGUUAGAUUCUGGAGAUUAUUUUUUGUGAAUGGCAAGUGUUACUGAGUAAGAGAAGCCUGGAUUAGAAAUCCUUUUCCUGGUUCUCUGCUAUGUAUAUGAAUCGCCCCGUAGGUGUUAAAAUGGUCAAAUUGUAUUUUGCUCAUUUAUAUAUCUUUUUUUUUUCUAUUUUCCUUGUUCGAGCACAUUGCUAGCAACAGCUACCUCCUAUUUAAAAUUAAUUAAACAUUGUAAUUUUCUUUUC